AGACGGUAAUUAGAGCAUUCAUCUUCGGAUGACAGUUGAUGUCUUGAAAAUAGAAAUUUUCAGCACAUUUUUGCCCACUGUGCAUCGCACCGACAUUUUUCCAGCUAAAUGUUGUUUCUCUUUCGAGGGGUGCAAUUGGGGUGCGCUUUUCCCCCAUUCUACGGCGCCUCUAAUGGACAACGACCUGCACCUUCAAAGGGCUUCCGCUUGUGUCGUCUUGCUUCGCUGGCACUCUCGGAGUCAAGGUUAAUUCGGAUUCUCUUUCUGAAGCAGAGCUUUCGCUCCCACCUCGUGGUGUGGUGAGCUUUCCCAGCUGUGGAGAAAAACUCGCUCCGUCUCGCUCACCCCUCAGACAAUCCAUCUGUCUCGGUUUUCCGCACACCAAAUUUUCCGUUUUCGUUUACAUCGUCCGUAUGAUUUGCCGCUCCGCGUGGGUGGAUGAAUCAGCUGUUCGCUCUCCGUUUCUCCGUGUUUGGGUUUCUGGGGGAAGAAUCGGGAGAGCUGAUGGAAUUUCCCGCCAUCGUCGGCCGGCUAUCCCGAUUCCCGCACACUCACAUUCCGGAGCAUAUUCCCGAUCUCACCACUAUAGCGUGCGUACGGACGACGGCGAGGUGGAUGGUGACCGGCCAAGUAGCGGAUGGUGGAUCAACGGGGACCGAACCGACCAAAACAGGCCAGGAGGAUGCUCUCCGAACUCAGUUGUAAUCUUCACGCGGUCGCGGUUGCAAGUGUUGUCCUUGUGCUAACAAGAGAGUGCUCUAUUAUUCACUAUAGCUAACCUAAGAAUAAGGCAACGGACGACGGCGCGGUGUUGUUACACGGUACUCGACACGUCUCUCGUCCUAACCCUCCUCAGGGGAGAAGAUCUCUUCGUCGGAAGGUUGUUUGGAUUACUGGAAGAAGAUCCAGUACACUACACGUAGAUCUGGAUAGAUACAACUUGCGUCGAGCCAGCGGAGAAGUGGCGGAGUUUGACGGGAAAAGUUUCGACAGAUUCAACACCGGGGGGUCGUCCGGGAAAUUAGGCGGAUGUUAAUUAUUUCCCAGUAUUGAUCCACCGCACGCAGGAAUACGGAAAGUGAAAGCCGACACCGCACCGUUGCUGCCGGAUUUUCGGGAAGAUUGUGUCAGAGAGUGUGCGCGCGCGCCAGUAGUGUCUGCCGGUUGUUGCACACACGACGAGUGAGAGCUAUCCCAAAUGUUGAAAAUCAAUGCUGUGUUUUAGCCUGUAUAAGUAUAGUGUGGUGUUUUUAGAGAUAAUGUUUGUGACCAACAACGUGGUUCUAGCUUUAGGAGGUUCAUUGCUGUAGCCGAAACUGUAAAUCUUCACAGCGCAUCGUGCUUUGGAAAGAAGCUUUAAUCGUCGUUCUGAGGAGCAGACGGUAUUACCUUAUAGUGAAUUCUUCAAUGGAUUAGCAAGUGUUCCCUCCACACGGCUGUCGUUACGGAUACAUAACCAACUAGUCGUUCUUACUCUUAUGAUAGACCAGGACCAAGUCAACGGGACAAAAGCCAACGCUCCAGGAUAGAACCGACCGAAACCCCUCGUAGAGUGCUCAUCGUUUUACCGUGAUUAGAGAUAUUUUACUCCAUUUUGUCUAGUAGUCAACUGCAACUCUGCAACUACCGUAAUUGGUGCAGCUUUAACGUCAUCUCCUGUUAACUGAAGUGUGUCUGUAUGUGUGUCCGUGCACACUGAACCAAAUCUCCGUUUCGCCUUCUUAGUGAGUAGUGAGCCUUUGUACUACCGUAAGUCCCGAGUGCCGCCAGAGCACCACCGUCAACAGAAAGUCAAUUAUCGAAAGUUCGCAAGGACUGAUAGAGUGUGUUUCGUAUACCCGUUUUAGUACGUAAAUAUAUAUGUACUUGUGGUGUGAGUGAUAGAACCCCAUUUUUACGUGAAAGUGUGCAAAAUCGGAAGACAAUGUCAAGUGCUCCCUUCGAGUGGCAUCGGUGCGUGCGAAAUUGGAAAAGUUUAGCCCGUAAGUGAAGAGGUGCUUAUCGCACGAGUGAAGCAAACAAAUUUUUACCAGCGAAGCCGAAUACAUCAUCAGGUAGAUUGUGUGUGCGUUUUUGUGAAUCGAUGUAGAUUUGAUGUUUGUGCAAACAAUCCCGCAUCGUAGUAAUCAUUGGCAGCGGCCUACUUUGUGUUUGUUUUGAUGUGAGUGUUUUCGUUCUAUGUAAUCAAUCAAACGAUUCUGAAGAGUGUUUGAGUUUCUUGAGUUUUGAGCAAUGAUAUUACCUUCCUCUAUUUGUUGCCGAAUAUCUAUCCUGCAACACAAGCAAGCAAGCAAUCAUUCUGUGAUUCUAGUGGCCCUUAGAAUACGUGCUCUACACUAUCACCUUCAACUACACAAAUUAAAUUCAUAAUGAUAAAUGUGCUGAAUGUAUGUCUACGUGCCAAAACAAUGGAUAAAUAACUGAAACGCACCAAUGUCCCUAGAACACGAAUCACCAAUCCAAACCAGCAGAAUGUCGCUCUUCUUCUUCCGGCUGCACAACCUCCAGCGGGAGGAGGCCAACAAAAAGCGCAAGAAGCAACAGCAGCAGCAGCAGCAGCGCCAGCGGCAGCGGCGGGGCGCCAAAGUCUUCCGCGGGGUGUCCUGCAAUUCCGGUUUCAGCCACCUGACCCUGGGACCGUCCCGGCUGUUCGAGAAAACGCCGAUGAGCCCGUCCGACAGCCUGGACGAGAUUGCGCUGCAAAUUCCCAGAGUACGGGUAGAAUAUUAUGUAAAUGAAAAUACAUUCAAAGAAAGACUGCAACUAUAUUUUAUAAAGAAUCAAAGAUCAAGUUUAAGGAUACGAAUUGCUAAUUUACUGUUUAAGUUACUAACUUGCAUAUUGUACAUAAUACGAGUAGUAUCGGACCUAGAUCCAACGUUUGCAACUUGCUACGGGUGCAAGGUUGCCAACAAGACGGAGUUCCUGGACUCGGCCAAACUGACGGAGGAGGAGUUCCAGGAGAAUCCCAUCAUCAACUGGGACGCGAUCCUGUGGGUGAACCGCUCGACCGAGCUUUGGGCCGUGCAGCUGGUACUGGCGCUCAUAUCGCUCACCGAGUCGCUGCUCAUUGCCUACCUCGGCUAUAAGGGCAAUAUAUGGCAGCAAAUUUUAUCAUUUCAUUUUAUACUGGAACUUGUUACAACGAUACCAUUUACAAUUACGAUUUUAUGGCCUCCAUUCAGGAACCUGUUCAUACCGGUGUUUCUCAACUGCUGGCUAGCUAAGCGUUCCUUGGAAAAUAUGUUUAAUGAUCUUCAUCGAGCGAUGCAGAAAUCACAAUCAGCCCUGUCCCAGCAGCUGACAAUCCUGUCGGCGACCUUGCUGUGCCUCGUGUUCACCAGCGUGUGUGGGAUCCAGCACUUCCAGCGGGCCGGUCAUCGGCAUCUGAACCUGUUCCAGAGCACCUACUACGUGGUGGUGACCUUCUCGACCGUCGGCUACGGGGACUUUGUGCCGGACAUUUGGCCCUCGCAGCUCUACAUGGUCAUCAUGAUCUGCGUGGCGCUGAUCGUACUGCCGACACAGUUCGAACAGCUUGCCUUCACGUGGAUGGAACGGCAGAAACUGGGUGGCAGCUAUUCGUCCCACCGGGCCCAGAGCGAGAAGCACGUGGUCGUCUGUUCUACGACGCUGCACGCCGACACCAUCAUGGACUUCCUGAACGAGUUCUACGCCCAUCCCCUGCUGCAGGACUACUACGUGGUGCUGCUGAGCCCGAUGGAGCUCGACACAACGAUGCGGAUGAUACUGCAGGUGCCCAUCUGGGCCCAGCGAGUCAUUUACAUUCAGGGAUCGUGCCUGAAGGACGGUGACCUGGCGCGGGCCCGGAUGGCGGAGGCAGAGGCGUGCUUCAUCCUGGCGGCACGCAACUACGCGGACAAGACGGCCGCCGACGAGCACACGAUACUGCGUUCCUGGGCGGUCAAGGACUUUGCCCCCAACGUGCCACAGUACGUGCAGAUCUUCCGACCGGAGAACAAGCUGCACGUCAAGUUCGCCGAGCAUGUCGUUUGCGAGGACGAGUUUAAAUACGCCUUAUUAGCGAACAACUGCACCUGCCCGGGGGCGAGUACGCUGGUGACACUCCUGCUGCAUACGUCGAGGGGCCAGGAAGGCCAGCAGUCGGCGGAGGAGUGGCACCGACUGUACGGGAAAUGUUCCGGAAAUGAAAUUUACCAUAUCGUGCUCGGUGACAGUCGAUUCUUCGGCGAGUACGAGGGGAAGAGCUUCACCUACGCUAGUUUUCAUUCGCAUAGGAAAUACGGCGUUGCCUUAGUCGGUGUUAGACCUGCCGAGUUACCUGAGUUCUACGAGGACACGAUUCUGCUGAAUCCCGGUCCGCGACAUAUCAUGAAGAAGGACGAUACCUGCUACUACAUGAGCAUCACCAAGGAGGAGAAUUCGGCCUUCGUGGUCAACCAGAACCAAACACAAAGCCCCGACCAGCCUCCGAAGGAGGUGCCGUCAAUCAACAACAACAACAACAACAAUCACCAUCAUCAGCACGACCAAGAAGAAACCGGUGCGACCGCCGCUCCCGGCAAUCCGCCCAUGGCCCCAGUGCCGUCGGUUUGCGUACGUGUGCCUCACAGUCCGAGCUUGAACUCGGUCAACUCCGACAGUCCCGGGUCGCCACCGCCGGCGCACUACACUACUAGCAAUCCCCCCAUCACCGUGCUGGACAGUGACGUCUUGACACUGGCCGUGCCCACCUACACCGAGACUGCAACGCCCAAUUCGGGUUCCGCCAACACCAACGCCAUCACGGUGUCGGACUCGAAGACGAACCUUAAGGAGGCAUCGACGCCGGCCACCGGGACAACCCAGUCGACGCAGCUGGGACCGCCGGCCAUCACGACGGCGAACCAUCUGGAGAUCCCCAGCAACAACAACCCGAACCUGCUCAGCCCGGACAUUCUCAACCAGAGGCGAGGGAGUCGGAGGCCUUCGAUCCUACCGGUGCCGGACAUGUUCACGUCUUCCUCGUUCAGCAUAUCGGGCGAGGACGGCAUCGACGGGGAGGACGGCGAAAGUGACGACGAACUGGACGAUGACGUUCCGUGGCGGUCCCCGUCGGAGAAGAUCGCUAGCAUGGGCAGUGCCGAUCUGUCCCUCCUGCAAACGGUUUCCCUCGUUCUGAGCUCGACCGGCGAAUCAAAGUGUUGUAGUUCGACAUCCGAUAGCAAAGAUUCGACCCACACUCCCCCUGCAUGGCAUACCGAUUGUUCCCGAAUCGUUAAAGGUUUCCCUCCCGUUUCACCGUUCAUCGGAGUCAGUCCAACGCUCUGCUUCCUACUGAAAGAGAAAAAACCCCUAUGUUGCUUACAACUUGCUCAAGUUUGCGAACACUGUAGCUAUCGGAACGCCAAAGAGUACCAGUGGCAGAACAAAACCAUUAUCUUGGCCGCCGAUUACGCUUCCAACGGUAUCUAUAACUUCAUCAUCCCUCUGCGGGCGCACUUCCGCUCGAAAACGUCCCUCAAUCCGAUCAUUUUGCUGCUGGAACGGCGACCGGACAUAGCCUUCUUGGACGCCAUCUCCUACUUCCCAUUGGUUUACUGGAUGCUGGGUUCGAUCGACUGCUUGGAUGACCUGCUGCGGGCGGGCAUCACGUUGGCCGAGAAUGUGGUCGUUGUGAACAAAGAACUGUCAAACUCGGCCGAAGAAGACACGCUGGCGGACUGUAACACGAUCGUUGCCGUGCAAACCAUGUUCAAAUUCUUCCCUAGCAUUCGUAGCAUAACCGAACUGUCACAGAGUUCCAACAUGAGGUUCAUGCAAUUCCGCGCUCACGAUAAGUACGCCCUACACCUGAGCAAAAUGGAAAAGCGUGAGAAAGAGCGUGGUUCGCACAUUUCGUACAUGUUCCGAUUGCCGUUCGCCGCCGGCAACGUCUUCAGCGCGUCGAUGCUGGACACCCUGUUGUAUCAGGCCUUCGUCAAGGACUACGUCAUAACCUUCGUAAGACUGUUGCUCGGUAUUGACCAAGCGCCAGGCAGUGGGUUCCUGACCUCGAUGAAAAUCACGAAAGAUGACAUGUGGAUUCGAACCUACGGGCGACUGUAUCAGAAGCUUUGCUCGACGACUUGUGAGAUUCCGAUCGGGAUCUACCGCACGCAAGAGACCAGCGGCGCUGAAGCUUCACAUGUGAGUAGCUCACCCAUCGCCGAAAAAUGGCGUCCGUUUGGAUCUUUCGGCAUUAAACAUUGUGUGCGGUUGCGACCAACGUACGAAGAGGAAGUGGUGACCACGACUGCGACCGCCAGCUGCACUUCGGCCUCCGGCGUUCCGAUCAAGGGCGUCGCGGAAGCGAACCUACGUGGCGUCACCUACCGGCCGCCACCGACAUCGUCGUCGAUGCGCAAGUCAUCGUCCUGUCUCGGGGGAUGUACAGCCCGCCGGGGAUCGAGCUACUCAAUCAAUAUGGCCGACGAAGCGCGUGACAAUCAUAUGCAGCAGAUCGAACGGGCGGAGAUUGCCAACCUGGUCCGAAGUCGCAUGGAAUCGCUCAACCUGCCCAGUAUCGACUAUGACGACGUGAGCGAGAAGCGAAACCACCUCUCGUACGUGAUCAUCAACCCUUCCUGCGACUUGAAACUGGAAGAGGGCGACAUCAUAUACCUGGUCCGACCCUCGCCAUUCUCUGCCCAGAAAACGUUCGAGCGGCACAAUUCGCGCCGCAAGUCCAACAUAUCAUUCUGCUCCAAUAUCAAUCUGGCAGCGGCGGCGGCCGGUUCCCGGCGUGGAUCGGGCAUCGGGCUGAACACCAUUGGUGGCCCUCAGCCGAUGUCAGGUUACGUAACGCCACGUGCUCCCCCGCUGGUCACAACAAAAUCGAAUUCUUUGUCUCUUCCAGAUAGUCCUAAUGCAAUGGGACAGAUGAGGGGGCGAAGCAAUUCCCUCAGGAUCGACAGUGACAUUCUGCUGCGGCGGUCCAACUCCCUGCGGCAGGGUCUCCCGAACAUCGGCAACACCGGACGGCGGAAAUCAUCGCUGGAGGAGAUCGGCAUAAGCCACUUCGCGACGCUGAUGCAGGCCACCAACCACAGCAACCCGAUCAAGAUCGCCCUCAACGGAAGUAUAGGACUGGAGGUAACUCCACCGGAGGAGCCGCUUCCGGUGAUUGGCGUCCCGGUUCCAACGGGAAGCGGUGGCGGCAUAAAUCCUUCUAGUCUUGGGGCAUCCGGUACCAUGGGCGGCUCGACGCUCGGGCUAAGCUCCAUCCCGGACUCAUCGAAUGGCAGCGGAUGUGGUGGCGGCGGUGGCGGUGGAGGAGGUGGUACCGGCAACGGAAGCGGAGGCAACAUCGGCGGCUCCAGCUCCAAUCUGUCCAGCAUGCAGAACGAGUCGUCCUCUGGCAGCGGCGGUCAGCAACAGCAACCCCAUCACCUGCACGGUACGAUAGUAUGAUAUAACUUAAUGUGGGGCCGUAGGCUCCGCUCAGCGGUGCGGAACAAUAAGUGGAUAUAGAAGUAGCCUCAAACCCGUAGCAGCAGCAGCCGAAGAUUCUAGCAGGAUCAAUCAACGAACUGAACAGGAACACCUCACCAAUCAAGUAGGCACCACCACCCCCGGCACAUAACAGGCUGACUGCUAUAGGUUAAACACACGUUCCAUCACUAGGAAGCAGCACCUUCACGCAGCAUUCAAGCAGACGCAACUAGACCAGGAAUCAAGUGGCGUAAAUCGACGAAAGGCGGUUUGAAACUGGUGACAUUCAAUGAAUGUGAUUUAACAUGUAGAAACAAACAAACAAACAAGUGAUAGAAAGAAGCAAAAACGAGACGGCAAAUCUCAUGGGAACAAAUCAAGCAGUUGACGGCCCUCCAUAAAGGGCCGGCAAGGGAAGACGAUGGAAGCAACGCGGCAUCCGAUACUGUAUUGUACAUAGUGCGAGCGAAGCAAACCAUGACCCACGUCAGAACGAUUAACAACCGUGCGCCCAACAACGGUGGGCGCGACCGGAGGAUAAAGUAUCGAUACUGAAAGACGCUGAUCCUCAGGAGGAGCGUCUGUGGGUGGUAUGACAGACGUUAUUGGAGUUUAGACUAAUCUCUAGGAAAGGGGAGUCCAUGUGUAAUGAGAGGAGUGGAAAUUCUAAAUUCUAGGGGGAUUGUUAUUCAAGUGUUAAGUUUGUACAUAAUUGUUUGCAGGAGAGCAUUUGGCUCUCGGACAAACACUUCUAUUUGUAUAAACAAAUACAAAACUUGUUUAAGUGUAAUCUUGUCUGAUUUGAAGCUACCACUAGCGCGAUCUGUCAGCCAUUACUGGAAGCUCGACACUUUCACAGUUGUUGACCAGUGCCGUGAAUCAUCACCGUGCUAGUCACGUCGACGCUGAUGAAAAACCAAUUCUUCCCAAGAUUUGCAUCCAUCUAAUAUUCUUUUAUUGUUUCCUAAUGAAUCCUACAUAGAUUCGUUUCGGGCUUCCUUCCUAGAUUCAUCGUGGGAUUCCUUUCGGGAUUCUUUUAAAGACUCCUUAAAGAUUCUUUUAUCCAUGUCUCUUUAGAUUCUUUCAAGAUUUACUCCCAAAUUGUAUCAUGGAUUGUUCUUGGGAUUCCUUCUGGGAUUUCAGCUUUCUCCUGUAGAAAACUCUAAGUAUUUAAAGGUUUUCUCCACAGUUUUCUAGAGAUUAUCCCAGAAAUUACUGUAGAAGUUUUUUAUAGAACUUUUUCUGGAUUCCUUCCGAUAUUAUUUCAUAUAACUCGUUGAAAAAUCUUCCAGGGAUUCGUUUCGAAGGAUUUCUUCUAAAAGUUUUUCAAAACAUCUACCAUGCAUUGCUUCAGAAUUUUUUUUUAAAAUUCUCUCCGGAAUUUUCGUUAGAGGAUUCUACAGAAAUUUCUUCAAAUAUUCCCCUUAAAAGUGGUCAUGGGUUUUCUUGAAAAAAAUUUUUUUUUUCAGGAAUCCGUACGAGAAUUCCUUCAGGAAACACUACUUUGCAGUAUUUUUGAACUUGAAUGUUCUUCAAACAUUGCUCCUUGGAUUACUUCGAAAGUUUCCCAAGGAAUUUCUUCGCAUAUUGCUCCAAAGAUUUUUUUUAGAAGUACUUCCUAAGAUUUCUGCAGAAAUUUUACUGAAGGUUUCUUCACAACCAAAAAGCUUUGCAUCCAAAUGGAAUGAUAGGUUCCAGCUGACACUUCAAGGGAGAGUCCGCUUUCUUAAUCACGUAACAUCUCAGCCUCAGAUACUCAGGGCUUCUUUCAGAAACUCCUGCUGGGAUUGCUUCGAGGGGAUGAUUUUUAUCUUCAGAGAUUUCUUCAGAAUUUUAGGCAUUUUUUUUUCAGAAAUUUCAGCUAGGAAUUUCUUCUAAACUUCUUCCGAAGAGUUUUUUUUUUUGAAAUUCGGAAAUUUGCUUCGGAAAUUCUUCCCAAAGUUUCUCUAAAAAUAUUUGAGAAACUCCUUCAGUGUAGUACGCAGAAAUUCCUACAAUGAUUUUUUUAAUGUUUCUUGCGGUUUCAUUAGAAAUAUCUCCUGAGAUGUCUUUAGAAAUCCCUGCAGAAUUUGUUCGGAUGUUUCUCCAGCGAUUUUCAGCAGUUCUUCACACAAAUUCCACGUAAUUACAGAAGAAUUCUUAAAGAAAUCCACGAAGGAAUUUCCAAGAAAUCUCUGGAGGAUUUUCUAAAGAAAUCUCUUAAAAACUCCUGGAGAUACCUUUUGAAACACCUUGAUGAAAUUUUUGAAAUCUUUUUGCAGAAAUUUUAUGGAAACAAAAUCCUAAAACAAGUUUUGCAGCAAUUUCUGGGUGAAUACCUAGGAAAAUACCUGAAGAAGUACCUUUAAAUGCUACCUUGAUUCUCUGAAAAAAAAAACAUUGGAGACAUGAAGAGGAACUGUGCAGGUAAUUCUAAAAAAAAGCUAGAGAAAUAUCUGGAGAGAUUCCUGGAUAAAUCAGUAGAGAAAAUUAUUAAGAGAUUUAAAAAAAAUACUGUCUACAGAAAUCUGCUGAAACAAGGAUACUGUUGAAAUUCUUGAAGAAAUCCUUCAAUAAAUGUUUGAGGGAUUCCAGGAGGAUUGUCUGAAGAAAUUCUUGUAAAAACUUCUGAAGAUACCUCUGACAGGAUUUCUCAUACAAUUUCUGAAGGAAAUCCACAUAUUUGUACCAGGAUUCCUCCAGAAGUUUUAUGUGGGAUUCCCAGGGAGUUCUUGAUGAUUCGCUGGAGUUCUUCCGAGAGUUUCUUUUGAGAUUCCUCAAGAGAUUCCAUCUGUGAUUCUUUCAAGAGCUCUUGCCAGGAUUUUUCCAGGAAGUUCUCCCGAGAUUCUUCCAGAGAUUUAUUUUCUGCGAUUUCUUAAGGAUCAUCUUCUGAGAUUACUUCACGAAUUCCUAGAGUCCUUCAUUCUCUAGGAAUUCCAUCCUAUAGUCUCCUAAAAGUCCUCAGAAUGUCUUCAGAAGUAUUUUUUUUACUUCCAGAUGGUAUUCCUGGGAAUUCCAGCAAUUUUACGCGGAAUUUCUUUCGGGAUUCCUCCAAAAGUUCACUCGGGUAUUGCUUCAGGAAUUCUUUCCUCCGAGAUUCCUUCAGAAACUUUUUCCAAAAUUUAGUCAAGGAUUCCUUCCAGAAAUUCUAUGCGAGAUUCCUCCCGGAGUUCCUUCAGGGAUUUCUUCAGGAAUUCUUUAUGAGAUCCUUCCAGGAAUCCUACAAGAAAUUCUUUUUAUUCGUUCUUGAGAUUUUCCUGGAGCUCCUUCAGGGAUUUUUUUUAGGAAUUACUUCUGGGAUUGCUUAAAACAUUGCUUCCGGGAUUUCUACAGUAAUUCCACCGGGAACUUCUUUCGGAAUUCCUCCAAGAACCUGUUCCGGGAUUCUUUCAGGAACAAGUUCCAGGAUUCAUUCGGGAACUCCUCCUGGGACUCUUUCGGGAGCUCCAUCAGCGAUUCCUCCGGGAUUUUUUUUUCUGGGCUUCUGUAAGGAUUUGCUCCUGGAAUUUAUUCAGGAACACCUUCGUGCAUUUCUUAAGAAACUUCUUCCGGAAUUUAUUUUGGAACUCUUUCUGGUAUUCAUUUUGAAGCUUUUUCCGGAAAUUCUGCUGGAAUUCUUUCAAAAAAACUGCUUUCAGAAUUUCUCCAGGAAAUCUUUUUAGGAUUCAUCUAUGAACUCUUUUCUGGUUUCCUCCAAAAGUUUCGUUUGGAAUUCCUGCAUAUCCUUCUGGAACUCCUCUCAAAGUUCAUUCUUGAAUUCUUUCAGCUGUUUCUGAUGGAAAGCCUUCAAGAGUUUAUUGGGGCUUAUUUUAAGAAAUUCUUCCAGCAGUUUUUUUUUCAUAGAAUUCCUCAUGAAGUUUCUACAGGAUUUCCUUGAGGGAAUACUCCAGCAAGUUUCUUCUGGUUUUCCUCAGAAGCUAUUAGGAAAAUCUUGGAGGGAACUUCUGGAGGAUUCCCCGAACUCCAUGAGAAAUUCCUCUCAGAACAAACUGCUGGAAGGACCUUAGAAGGAACUUUUGAAAGAACCCCAAACAGAAUCUCAAAGAUAGCUCCCUGAGCAAUCACAGAAGGAAAUCCUAGAGGGAUCCUAGGAAAAAAUGUGGAGAAAUAACGGAAAGCAUGCCUGGAAGAAUCUCAAAAAAAAUUGCUGGGGAAAUAAUUUCUGUAAAAAAUUUGAAAGGAAUUAUCAUAAAAAUCCAUGAACUCUUGAAAUUACCUCAGAGGGCACUCCUCAAGCAAUUCAGGAAAGAAACUCUGGAAGAAUCUCGUUAGUACUUUCUGGAAGAGUCCUGGUAAGAGCUCUUGAAGCAAUCCCAAACGGAACCUCUUUAGGAAUCUCAGAAACUUUUGGAGGAACCCCAGAGGGAACUUCCGAAGGCAUCCUAAACAAAUUUCCUAGAGAAUAUCAUUUAGUAGUCCUUGGGAAUCCUUCAAGAAACUCCUGGAGGCGUCCUGGAUCGAAUUUGUGGAGAAACCGCGAAAGAUUCCUGGGAUUCUUGUAGAAUCCCAAAAGUACCUCCUGGAGGUAUGCCACCGUGCCGUCAUCAAGCCAUAAAUCGGCACUUUGACAUUUCUUGGCCUAGUUGUUUACAAAAUUUUUGUAAGAUUGAAAGCGAAUGCCCUAUAGGCCUAAUCAGAAGACGUUUAAAAUCAGCUGAUUUUAAGAGCCUUUGACAGUUCUUCCAUGAAAAUGACAGUUCAGCGUUUGCGCCUUUGUUCGGCAGUUGUAAACAGUGGCAUACACGAUCUUGUCACCAGAAAAGGCCUAUAUAGAACUUUAGAUGAAAAUAUCUGCCUCCCUGGGGGCUGCGAAUAGAAUCAAUAUGGUUGUCAAGAUAUCUCCGAUCAUCGCUGUCAAAAUAUCUCCAUCGUGCUGUCACAGCUCCAACAGAUACUGUUUUUAUGCAAUUCCACCUGACAGAAAAGUAUUGCAACAUCUGUUUCUCAAAACAUUUCAAACAAAACAUGACAAAGUGAACUGGAGCAAGGAAUAUUAUAAAAAUUGUUGUGAUUGCAUUGCAGUUAAUUUUGCACCGACAAUACAUUAAAAUUUCCACCGCAAGUUGGAAAUGGAUAAACUUCGAACAAGAGAACAACACUUUAGUCAGAGGGAUUGAUCAUGUUUACCUUUUAUGAACGGCGUCGCGACGGCGUGUUUGACCGAGGGUGUUGGCAGCAUGAAAAUUAAACGGUCACGCGUGUUUUCAAACCAAGCAUCAGAAGUGUGUUGGUGUGCGUUAGCUAGCUUGAAAAAAAAACCGUUCCUAUUCGCAGUACCCAGCUGCCUCCCUUUCACUUUUAUUGAAAUUUUAUAAACAACAAGACCAGUAAAUGUCAAAAUGCAGUACAAAAUCAAAACAAUGCAACUCCCUGUUGCUGUGAAUGGAAAAUACCCCUGAACUGGUAAAGCACUCUGUUUCAUUGCACAUGGCAUCUUAUCGCCUCUGUAAAUAUGUAAAUAGUAAAUAUAGAGCUGUUUAAGGCAGAUAUAAACAAAACAAAACAUCAACAUGUAGAUAUACAAAUCGGCUUGCAUACGAACCGAAUCCUCUCCAAGUUCUUUUCCCAUGGAUAUCAAACCAAGUGCAAAACUUACAAAAUAAAUGAAAAAAAAACCUACCAAGUGGUCCAAAGUAGCAUCUUGUUUUUAUAAAUUCAAAACAAUUUAUGACGAUCAACGAUAGAAGAGCAUUACCAGUAGCAUUACUAAAGGAAAAAUCUUUCACUAUGACCUCCUUUGAUAGCGUGUUGUCAUUGACGGCAGCAGUAGUUCGAAAGUGAACCAAAAAAAAAAAAGUCACGCCAAGCGUUCACCGAUUGUUAAACUAUUUUCAGAAACUUUAUUGCUACCACAUGUUAGAAAUUUGUACCAAAAUUUAACCCAAAACCACAGACUGUUUGUUAUUCACGAUUUUAACUCGACUGUUUUCCUUCCGCCCCGCCACGAAUGGGCGCUAACUUCUAAUAAACCGUACUCCAACGUUUGAUUAUUCUAAAAACAAAGUUAUUCCUCUCUCGUAUUUUGUACGAAAGUUGUAAUCCGUAGGGUCUAAAAACUGUCAGAAGUUGUUCAACAAUGUAAAUAGUGACGUAGGGUUUUGUACUUAGUGAAUUGAACUGAAGUUGAUGAAGCCAAUCGGGAAAAUUUGUUUCAUUUUUUUUACUAUUUUCUAACAACAAUCACGGAUCGUUGUAAGAAUUACAAUCUCACACAAAACAAAAACAAACGCUUUGGUAUACUGUAAACGCUUUACAUAAACAUUAGUAGUGGUAGAGAGUAACAAUGGGAACGCGUCCGGUUCGGUUCCACCGUUCCAGAUUGGAGAUAUAUCACGUUGUUAGAAUGACAGAAGAAGAAUCAGAAGUAAAACAGAUAAAACUUACUAAUAGGUAGAUAAAUUUAGAGCGAACCAUCCCAUUGACUCCUUAAGAAGGUACUCUUUUCCAUUUUUGUAGCAUUAGUAACUCACUAGCGAGACAUAAAACACUGUUAAAACACAAGAAAAACUCGAAGGAAACAAAGAAACUAUAAAAGGCCUUAGAAAUGAAAAAAACUAAAACAAAAGUUACAGAAGCAACUCAACAGAAAUGAACAACACUCAAGCGAGAAACCGGAAACGUAAAUGGAGAUUCUGUUUUGUAAAGUUUUAUAGACAUCAACCAAUCAUAAUUCUUGCACAAUUCUAACGAUUGAACCACGGACGAACACCUGGACCAUACGAUCCUCGAAACACUUCUUGAAAACGAAUAAAAACGACCCGAUCGCCGCUGGUUGUCAAGGGGAUCGAUGGAAAUAAGACAUGCCAGCGUCCGUUUGUCUGUGGUUCGUCAUCAUGUUGCUCAGAUGCACCACAGGCCAUUGUUCCGUUUGUCAUUUUACGUCCGAACAUAAAAAAAACCUAUUUCAAAGCAAACGAAAAAUAUCACGCUCAGCCACUCGCUUUCACAGACAGAUGGCAGCACCACAUGAAAUCAUCACGCACCCGAUUCAGUUUCCUAUAUAGGCAUUUAGGCACGAGAACAGUGGGACAGUGUAAACAAACUGUUGACCAGGAUGACCAGAAUCAUGAAUAGGAAGCGCUUUCAUUUGGGGGGAAAACUGAAUAAAAAUGUAACAAACGAGAAAUCAUGUAAUUUCUUGAUUCUUAUGAUCGAAA